UGAAAGAUAAGAACCACGCGUAGAACAAGAAACCGUAAAAAGUAUAGCACAAAAUUGGAAAAUAGUACUUUUGACUUGGAAAUUUUUUAUUUGUACACGACAAUCGUAAAUCGUUAGUCGGUAGUAUAUUAUAUAUUACCUACAUAUUUUAUUAUCAUUGGAAAAAUUCUGAAUGAAGCACUGAAUUUUUGUAAUUUUGUAUCUAAAUUAAAUUUGAAACUAUGGUUUUUAAACCAGUAACUCAUGUGCUGUUUGAUAUGGAUGGAUUGUUACUGAGUAAGUAGAUACUGAGGAACUGUACACAGUGCUUUUCCAAAAUAUGCUCUCAAAAUAUGGAAAGGAAUAUAAAUAUGAUUUGAAGUUGCGAUUGAUGGGUCGCCAGGCUCACGAAUCUGCCAAAAUCAUUAUAACCGAAUUAGACCUUCCCCUGACGGUUGAGCAAUUUCUAGCUGAAAGUAAGAAGGGUGAAAAAAUUUUUCAAGACACAAAAUUGUUACCAGGAGCACAGAGGUUAAUUGAACAUCUUCAUCAGCAUAAGGUACCAAUAGCCUUAGCUACAAGUUCUAGUGAGGAAAGCUACCAUUUGAAAGUGGAUAAACAUCACACAGAGCUAUUCUCAUUGUUUCGAUACAAAACAUUUGGUGGCUCAGACCCCAAUGUGCAAUUGGGUAAACCACAUCCUGAUAUAUUCUUGGUAACGGCUGCCAAAUUUCCAGACAAACCUGAUCCAGCAAAAUGUCUAGUGUUUGAAGAUGCAGUUAAUGGUGUAAAUGCAGCAUUGGCAGCAGGCAUGCAAGUAGUUUUGGUGCCAGAUCCUCAAAUGGACAGAAGUUUUACAAAAGAAGCAACACUAGUACUUAAUAGUCUAGAAGAAUUUAAACCUGAACUCUUUGGUUUACCUCCUUUUGAUGACUAGUUAUAAGGAGAGAUAAGGUCAUACCAACUUUACUAUUUGUAAGACAUUCAAGUUAAGUUUAAUUUUUUGGAAAGGGAAGUGUGAAGGUUUAAUUAUAUUGUUAGUUUUUAUUUUAUUUGCUAUGGGUGCUAUUAUAGCACUUAAAUUUGAAAUCGCAAAUUAUUUAUGGUAAUGUUUAAUCAAACAAAUGACUUGAACCAUCACAGUUUUCAUUGAAGAUUAAUGUUUAAUUAUUUAUAGAUGAAGGUAUACUAUAGUGCCACAAUGAAUAACUUAUAUUAACAAUAUACAAUUUUUUAUAGGCUUGUGUGUUUCAAGAAAAUAAAAUGUGUUAAUGAAUCUUGGUUUUAUUAAUUGUGAAAAAAGUAGUUUUCAUUCCUUAAGAGAUUAUAGGGAACCAAAAUAUGACGAGGCUGAUAAAUAAAACAGGAAUUUUAACACAUCUAUAUAUUUACAUAAGAAUUUUAACAGUGCCAUAAUCAAAACAUACAUACAUAUUAUAUACCUUAAAAUAUAGAGCUACAGUGCUCCAAUUGAAUGUUAGAAGCAAGCCCAAAACAAUUUGAUUGCCAGGAAGAAAAAAA